AACGCACACACACACCACACACUACAUGGAAACCAUGGAAUAUAUACACAAAAUAUUCACACUACUCUACACGUAAUCAUUAUCAGGGAAUGCAGCAGGAUGUCAGAUAAGAUGAAAACUUAAAUUAAAAGACACAAACGAAGAAAAAAGAGAAAAUGUCGGGAAUAACGGACUUGGAGGACCCUAAUACGGUUCACUAUGAGGAUGAGGGAUAUGAGGGGAACAAAGUACAAACCCGACCUUCAACAGGGAAGCUUUGGUCAACACAAGGAGACAAGGAUCUUGAAGAUACUGAAUCUCUAUCUCCGAGUUUAUCUCCCUCCCAGCAAAUUGAAGCUGAGCAAGGACUCUCAGAGGAAGAUACUAAAAUACUUUUAGAAAAGGAGUUUGAUGAUUUCUACGAGGAUAGGAUUCACAAAUCUGCCGGACCUGUUGUGUUCCUCAGUAAGUGUUUGGGAAUGAUCCCUCUGAUCUGGACGGAUGAUGAAGAAGGAUCAGAGUGCAAAACUUACUUUAACAUCUACACCUUCGUCGUAUUUCUUGGAUGGAUUGGAUUAAGUGUACUGACUGGCAUGAGGAUCAACCUGUACACUACCUGGCCUGCCCAGGCUGUGUUUACUCCGGACAACUCAACUACAGCAAACCGGUUUCUAGGCAGGAUGACCGUUGAUACAUAUGCAGCGGCAAUAUUUUCUAAUUGCCUUGUAGCGGUAGUCUUCGGAGUGUUCAAGAGUCGGAUGUUUGCAGACGUUCUUUUCUACACUGCACAGAUAGAUAGUCAGCUUGAACUCAAGGAGAAAAGUUAUGAUAAGAUCAAGGCUAAAUCCCUGUUCUGGAUUGUCCUGGAGAUCCUUUUAUUCGCCGGGCAUGGGGUUGGACUCUUCUUUCUCUUUGAGGAUAUAGGCCGAGAUCUGAUUUUGUUUGGUUGCUUUUUACUCGCCAAUCUUGCCAUUGGAGUUCUUAACUUACAGGUUACAUAUGUAGUUGUAUAUAAUUGA